CCAUCCAUGAUUGUGCGGAAUGCUAUCAGUGUCUACGACUCGUUGGUCUUGUCAUUAGCUUAUUGGAUAAAUAAUGUAGUUAGAGACUAAUCCGCUAAAUUCCAGAGCCACAUACCACAGGUACUUUUUGUACUUUCUAUUGCAUUGCAACGCGAGUUUUUCUAAUAGACAUCCCGAUCGAGCCAGUAUACAAAUUCAUAAUGGCGGGUAUAGAGAAUGAUUGUAAUCACGCCAAUAUGGACCAGAGUGAUCCAGUAGAGGACUGUCAUAUGUCGCGGUGCGAAAUAAAACCUGGAGAUUGUACGGAGAUCCAGACACCCGAGAUAUGCGACGACAGUGCUGUGCUAGGCUCUGGGGAUACGAAGAUGGCUAUAAAUAACACACCGGAAGUAGAUACGACAGUAGACGUUGAAGUAUUGAAAAAAAAUGAGCACGAGGCAACACAUGACCCGCUGGAAGUGGAAGCUAUUCUGAUAUGUAGUUCAAACGAUAUACAGGUUGACAUCAAUUCGGAUGUACAUGUACAUACCAUAUCAGAUACACGUGUAGGUUCCCCAACAAGUGUCAGUGAAGCUAAAAACACUGAUAUAGUUAAUAAUGGCAACCUUCAGGCAGUAGAUGGUAUAGACCUAGUAGGAGGUGCGGAUUAUACAGUUACUACUGGGGUUACGGGCCUGGACAGUGGCACGGAAGGCAGUGUAUACCGAGACGAUCUACUCUGCAAGUUUUCCGUUGAGCAUACCGAAGACUCUGUAAGUUUAUACAUGAUUCUGAUGAAGUGA